ACAAACAAAACAUUUAUAUAUAUACAUAAACUACAGUUAUUUCUAAUAGCAAAAGGGCUUGGCGUCAUUCUUGAAAUAUGGAUUUGACAUCGGGUGCGAACGGCUCGCGCCAGCAGCCUCAGCGGAAAUCAAACCAAAAUAUUCAAGUCUAUGUGCGCGUCAGGCCGUUGAAUUCGCGGGAACGCUGCAUUCGCUCCGCGGAGGUCGUGGAUGUAAUGCCGCCGCGUGAAAUAAUCACUCGGCACACGCUCGACUCCAAGUUGACCAAGAAAUUUACGUUUGAUCGGACUUUUGGUCCGGAAUCGCGACAAUGCGAUGUCUACAGCACGGUCGUGGCACCUCUCAUCGAGGAGGUGCUCGCUGGAUACAACUGCACGGUAUUUGCCUAUGGUCAGACGGGAACUGGAAAAACACAUACCAUGGUGGGCAAUGAAUGCGCCGAACUGAGGUCCACCUGGGAAGAUGACUCUGAAAUUGGCAUUAUACCGCGUGCGCUCAGCCAUUUGUUUGAUGAGCUGCGUAUGACGGAGCUGGAGUUCACGAUGCGCAUCUCCUAUUUGGAGUUGUAUAAUGAAGAGCUGUGCGAUUUGCUCUCAACCGAUGAUAAUACUAAGAUUCGUAUAUUCGAUGAUAGUACGAAAAAAGGUUCGGUAAUCAUACAGGGUCUCGAAGAGAUACCUGUCCAUAGCAAAGACGAUGUGUACAAGCUGCUGGAGAAGGGCAAGGAGCGCCGUAAAACGGCUACCACACUGAUGAAUGCUCAAUCCUCUCGUUCUCAUACCGUUUUCUCAAUUGUUGUUCACAUUCGCGAGAAUGGCAUCGACGGAGAAGAGAUGCUGAAAAUUGGCAAGCUUAAUUUGGUAGACUUGGCGGGCAGUGAAAAUGUGUCCAAGGCGGGCAACGAGAAAGGCAUUCGAGUACGAGAAACAGUGAAUAUCAAUCAGAGUCUGCUGACGCUCGGACGUGUAAUUACUGCCUUGGUUGAUCGCGCCCCUCAUGUGCCUUAUCGUGAGUCAAAACUGACUCGCCUGUUGCAGGAGUCGUUGGGUGGGCGUACCAAGACUUCAAUUAUAGCCACUAUCUCGCCUGGCCACAAGGAUAUUGAGGAGACGCUCAGCACACUUGAGUACGCACAUCGAGCCAAGAAUAUCCAGAACAGACCAGAGGUUAAUCAAAAGCUGACCAAGAAGACAGUACUCAAAGAGUACACCGAGGAGAUUGAUAAACUGAAACGAGAUUUGAUGGCGGCACGCGACAAGAAUGGCAUCUACUUGGCCGAGGAUACCUACAAUGAGAUGAUGCUUAAGAUGGAUUCGCAGACACGUGAGCUAAAUGAAAAAAUGCUGCUCCUUAAAGCGCUGAAGGAUGAGUUACAAAACAAAGAGAAAAUCUUCAAUGAGGUCAGCAUGAGUCUCGUGAAGAAGACCCAGAAGCUCACUCGCACUGAGCAGAAUUUAACCGAGACCAAAGGCUCACUGCUGCUCACCAAGAAGGUGCUCAGCAAAACAAAGCGCCGUUACAAGGAAAAGAAACAGCUGGUCGAGUCGCAUAUGAAGACCGAACAGGAGUUGACAACGCAAGCAAAUCAAAUCCUUGAAGUGGCCGACAUGGCUUCCAAUGAUACCCAUCAGCUAUUAGGCACCAUUGAGCGGCGUCGCACUGUGGAUGAAAAGAUCCGUAGCACGUGCGCUCAGUUCACGGAACGCAUGCGUGACAAUCUAGAGGUUCUUGAUGGCAGUCUUAAUCAGUACCAGGAGCAACAGGCUGGCUCCACGCAGCAGUUGACGGACGAGCUAGCAAACUGCACCAACGUACAUAAGCGUCUGGUGGCUAACGCCACCACGAGCAUCGAUAAUUUGCGUGCAACUUGCUUGGAAGCCUUGGCAGCACAUGGGCAGCUGCAGGCACAGUUUGCGGAAGCUGUUGCUAGCAGUGGCGAUGCCCAUUGCCAAGCGGUAGUCGCACAGCUGUUGGAGCAAAUGCAGCAGCGCAAGACGCAGAUCAGCGAGGAUAUAAUGGCCAAUUUGCAGGAGCUGGAGGCGAACAAUGAGCGUCACAAGGCAGCGCUGGAUAGCAUGCGAGAUGGCUUCUCGCCAAUUAUUGAACGCAACGCAAAGGCAUUGCAGCAACACGUGGAACUGGUUCAACAGCAAUUGCAGCAGUUGACAGCGCUGAGUGCGCCAGAUGCGGAGGAGCUGCAACAGUUGCAGGCUGAACUGGCUUACGAAGAGGAGCUGGCAAAGCAGGAGGGAGAGCUGCUUCAGCAACUGGAACAAUUGCAGCAGAAGCGAGCCAAGAACACAGUCAGCAUGGGCUCACGUGUGGGCCAACUGAAACGCAGCCAUGUGGCGGUCAACGAGCAGGCCCAGCAGACUGGCAACAGCAUGCAGGCCUAUGCCAUGGAGGGCUCAGUGGCUGCGCAGGCUGCACGCGACGAACUGUGUAGCCAGCUGCAGGCAGCAGUGCUGUGCGUCGAUCACGGCGUUGCGAAGUGCUCCACGCUGCAGAUUCAGCUAGAGAACUUGAACAAGGAGAGCGCCAAGCAUGCUGAGCACAGCAUUCAAACGGUUCGCAUGCAUGAACAGCAAAUGCGACAGAUGUGCUCGACCAGUGAGGAGCGAGCCGAACAGCUGCGUCACGAGCAGCAGAAACAGCUUGAAUCAGCCACCGAAAGUAUCCAUAAGAUUAUCUCGGAUGAUGUUAAAUUGGGCCAUGGGCAUGAUGCCCUGACUGCCGAUCUCAUUAAUAAACUCUCGAAUCAGACAAAGCAGCAUGCGAUAUUGCAGCGGCAACAGUUGGAGACUUGCCACAAGGACCUCUCGAAUUUCCAUCAGAGCGAGCUUAAAACUUAUACGCCAACUGGCACGACCCCGUCAAAGCGUGACUUUAUUUAUCCACGCACCUUGGCAGCCACAUCGCCGCAUCAGGAUAUUGUGCGUCGUUAUAGGCAGGAACAGGACUGGUCGGACUUGGACACCACAGCCACUAUCGAUGAGUGCAGCGAGGGUGAGCCAGAGGUAUCGUUGCAUUCUGUGCAAGAAUUGUCCGAAACGGAGACCAUUAUGAAUUCCACGCCCAUUGACCCCGUCGACGGAGGAAACCUGAAGGCUCGAGUGAUCAGAAGCGGAUCGAAUUCGCUAAAGCAACCACUGGUCAACAAACGUAGCAACUCGCUGUCCACUUCCCUGACGCCCAAUAAGAAUUCGUCACGCAAUUCACCGCGAAACUCUCCUCUUUGUUCGCCAGCAUUCAAUCGGCACAACAACAAGGAGAAUGUUGCCCAGUAAGAGGUGCAGCCAGCAGUCCGCCAAUUGGAGCGUUUCUUCUUUAUUUGCCUGUUCCUUUUUAUUUUAAAUUUUACUUUUGCAUUUUAUUAACUCGUGAAAUUCUUAUUAAAUUUAUUAUGCACAUAUAUUUUUACCUUAACUAAGCACGCCCUUACUACACUGAAUUAAAAUGAAUAUGGUAUAUGAA